GACGCGUACGCGGAGCGCAUGCGCAGACAGGAGCACAUCGUGUACGCGGUGCGGAGAGGUCUCGGAUUGCGGGCGUCUGGACUUUAAAAGCGGGCGUCACCUCGCGGCUCCGCAUCAGCAUCUUCAGGCGAGAGAACAGCUGAAACACUCGCGCGCUGCUGGUGCUGUCAAUUUAUCACUUGCAAUGAUGUCGCUGCAGAAACCUCCCCUCAGGCGUAGUGCAUCAACCAUAGAAUCGACCAAUCACAGCAGCUCGUUGUUGACUCCGCCCACCUCCCUUAAUUUACGCUCCUCCCACAACCAGCAGCUGAGCUGCGACACCAUAAAAGAAGGCGUGGUCACGGAUUCCAAGGAAACACAAAGCUCUUCAAAGAGUCGUCAAAAAUAUGCGCUGACGAAUAUUCAGAAUGCAAUGGGUUUGAGCCAAAACCCCGCCCCUUUGAGCCAAAGCCACGCCCCUGUGCACAGUAAACCCGCCCCCACCAAAUCAGCCUCUUCUUCGUCUCUCUACUGCUCCUCGCUUUCCUUUUCCACCUCCAAUCCCAAACUGGCCAAAAACGGCACCAACCUGCAGCUGAAAGAGGAGCAGCUGGACCUCAACAAGAAUGACAAGAACCUUCUGAGCAGGAGCAGCUGGGAUUGGCUGGAGGGGAAGGACAACCAGAAGAACCCUACAAUCAGAAGGAGGACCAAGAGCUUUCUAGAAUACCAUCGAGAGGAGGAGGCGUCCAGCAGCCCCAACAAAGACAUGCAGGCCGAGGAGAAACACCUCCUGCCUAAGCUGGAGGCGCAAACGUGGGCCAAAGAGAACCAUGUGGAGGCGCAUCUCACCCUCCCCCAGAACCACCUGCUCCUGCUGGCCAGCGAGGAGGAGGAAGAGGAGGAGGAGAGUCCAGAACGGCCAGACGUUUACGAACACGUGCUCCGGCCGAACAACGAGCGUGUGAGCCGUGUAAGAGACGGGACAACAGAAACCGAUGCUUCUCCGGGCAGAAAGGCCCAAAUGAGCCCGGCGACGCUACGUCUGGAACUGAGACGAGACGAGGCCGAGGAGUCGCCCGAACGCCUGGUGCGACCGGAAAAACAGGUGGAGGACGAGGAGGAGGAAGAUUCCAGCUGGACGACACUGUCUCAGGAGAGUCCGUCUGUGGAAACACCUCAGGAGACAGCUGUUUGGGAAGAGCCUCCUCAGCUGCAGGACGUGCCGCAGGAGUAUUUUUGGCGAGAUCAGCCUGUAGUCUGUGACGCCCGCGCUGACUUGGAGGCGGAGCCAAGAGUGAAGGGGGCGUGUCUGCCUGUGCCCUGCACUAAAGCACAGACCGAGCGGCCCAGCAGUAUAGUGUCGGACAGCUCUGUGGAGCCCGUUCCUUCAUCAGCAGCCUCAUCACCCUCCUCUUCCUCACUGUGCUAUGAGGCGAUGGGACGCGCGGCCAGUUUCCUCAACAACAACUACCUGGACCUGACGGAGACACGCGACUCCCGAGAGAGAGAGAAGCGGCGGGAGCGAGAGCGACAGGAGGAGCGCGAGAGAGAGCGACAGAUGAACCGAGCGAGUUUAGGAGCUCACGGCGGCCCUUACAGCUUCAUCAACCACAGAGCUAAAGUCCCAUCGGCCCCUGCAGACACCGUCAUACCCAUCAAUGACCUGGAGACGCAGGUGUUUUGGGUCCAGUAUCUGGGCUGGUUGGAGGUGCGGGACGCAGAUAUGGUUUCUGGGAAGAGCGGUGCAGUGGUCAGCGACUGCAUCCAGCAGCUGCAGCAGCGCAGAGAGAUGGACAGCAGCCGGACGAGGAGACAGACGAUGCUGCUGGUCCUGCAGGACGUCACUCUCUCCCUCAUCGACCCCACUGACCACACCCUCCUGCACUCUCAGCCAAUCAGCUGCAUCCGCGUGUGGGGAGUGGGGCGGGGCCUCAGCAGGGAUUUUGCGUAUGUGGCUCGUGACAAGAACACGCGUGUGUUAAAAUGUCACGUGUUUCAGUGUGAGAGUCCUGCGGAAACCGUCGCCAGCAGCCUGAAGCAGAUCUGCUCCAAGAUUAUGGCCGAACGCAGGAGCGUCGGUCCCGGCGCAGGUUCCUCAUCUCAGUUCAGCUCUGAUGUUCCUCUCAGAGUAGAGUUUCCAACGCCAAAGACUGACCUACAACACAGCUUCCAUGUGCUUUACCUGGGAAUGACGUCAGUACUGAGACCUAUAGGAAUGGACAUGAUAAAUGGAGCGAUAGACAGUCUGAUGUCCUCCGCAGGGAAAGAGGACUGGACCCCCGUCCUGCUGAACGUCGCUGACGCCACGAUUACUGUCAUCAAAGAAAAGGAAGAGGAGGAGGAAGUCUUAGUGGAGUGUCGAGUGCGCUUCUUGUCUUUCAUGGGUGUGGGGCGUGACGUCCAUACGUUUGCAUUCAUCAUGGACACGGGAAACCAGCACUUCCAGUGUCACGUGUUCUGGUGCGAACCCAACGCGGGAAGCGUGUCGGAGGCCGUGCAGUCGGCCUGUGUGUUGCGGUAUCAGAAGUGUCUGGGGAAGACCGGCUCCUCGGCUCCGUCCUCUAGCGACUCCGUCACCCGCCGCGUAACGUCCAGCGUGAAGCGGGGCGUCCAAUCAAUCAUAGACACUCUGAAAAAGAAGCCCGCCCCCGAGGUUCCCCACCAAUGACGGAACAGAACAGCUGUGAUGGACAGCAGGUGUGUGUGCGUGUGUGUAUUUACUGAUGCAGCCGAGAAGAGCAACACAACAUAACAAAAAAAGACAAAAAGUGUAACGCGAGAUGAAGGAGAUGUCAGUGUGCGUAACGAGAAGCAUUUCGAACGACUGUCCUGAAUGAAGCAUGCCUCUGCCUUACACUAACACAUUUUCACUGAAGUAUUUCGAGGCCGUCAGAGUUCAUGUCUCACCGAUCCCGUCACGCUCAGAUCAAUGUAACUCUUUACACGCGUGACCUGGAUUCAAGCUCCAGUCUGAUUUGUGCCAUAAGUGUGUUUCAUUUCAAACCACCCACUCAUUCAAAGCGACUUGCACACUUGGGAAAUUGGAUCCUUUGAAAUUUUGUUCUCUUUCUGCAAGAAAUUUAGAGGGAAUUUUCUGGUGUUGGGUAUUGGGAAAGGAACGUGUGUGUAAAAUGUUUCAGUGCAUCAAGCACACAGCCUGACGGAUCAGAUCAUGAUGUUCAGUGGGAAUAUCGUAACACACAGUCUGUAUAUCAUCUGCUCAGAUCGAUACUGUAAUGCCGAGCGAAAUGGGAAUUUUCUGACCACACAAAUACACAUGCACCUCAUUUAAACACUUAGGCCUGGAAGAUUCCCUGUGCAAGUACGCAAAUGCAGACGUGAAUGCUUGGCAAACGUGCACUCCUUUUGUACAUACGCAACACAAGAGACCUCAGUACUGUCCUUCAAAUGUCUAAAUGACAUUAAACCAGAUGUUUUAUUCAGAUGUCCAGCUAAAGACAUGUUCACGUUACUCAACAUUAAAGCCUGACAUACAAAAUACUAGUUGAAAUGGAAGUUUAUUGAACAUCAUAUUUGAUCUUUACUAGAAGAUGUUGAAACAGUAUCGAUUCGAUUUGUAAAAUCUGAAUAAAAUUCAACAAUGAUUCAACAUCAGCAAACCAUCAUAUUUUUCUACCGUUGUCUUUAAAGAUCAACAUUGUCUGAACACAGUUCCUCACUGUAGAGGACGUCGGGUUACGCUAAUGCCCUCUAUAACUGCCUUUGUGGCAAUGCUGAAGAUGCAAAACGUACUUGCAUUGCAUUAUGAAUCGUGGAACGCAGUGAUGCAUGAACUCGAGCUUGCUUAGCUAAAAGAUUUUGCGUACUUGCAUAGAGCGUUUCAGACUUCAGAUGAGCCACACACGCACACAUCGAGCCCCUGCUACAGUAUGUCGAGAAUAAACAAACACAGGAAUGUUAUUUCUCACAAAAUGGUAUUUUAAAACCCAGAUCAACCACUAAGACACUCAUUUUUACACCAUAUUAAUGUAACAUGUUGUGG